GGAAGAGGAGGAGGGGGAGGGGGAAGAGGAGGAGGAGGGGGAGUCGGUGUGUGGUGCACGCCGCGCUCCCAGCACAAAAGCCCAGGGAAAGAAACUCUUGGAAAGCUGGGAGCGAACGGUGGGGCCGGGCAGGAGCAGGUCGAACCGUCCGGGUCUGUUCGUCUCCACUGGAUAAAUUUUGCAACUGCGAAGGAAUUAAAUCCGAUUUUCUUGUUGUUGUUUUUUGGUUUUUUUUUUUUCUUAUUUUUUUCCCACCCCCUACCCCAGGAUUUUUUUCUUCUAUUUUUUUCUUUUUGAGUGCGAGAGGGAAGGCAGAGCCCCGCUUCUUCCCCCCUCUUUUCACGCGCUCGAUCUUUUUAUUUUUGUUUCCCUUGGGGUAGAGGUGCACGCGAGGGAAAAAAAAAAAAAGUAAAGGACUAUGUUUGCUUCGUGGCUGACUUUCGCCGUGCUCUGGGGAACUUUCUGUGCAGGACCAGGCCAUGGGGAGGCUGAGACAAGGGAGUGCAUCUACUACAAUGCCAACUGGGAGCUGGAGAAGACCAACCAGAGCGGCGUGGAGCGCUGCGAGGGGGAGAAGGACAAGAGGCUCCACUGCUAUGCCUCCUGGAGAAACAACUCGGGCUCCAUCGAGCUGGUGAAGAAAGGCUGCUGGUUAGAUGACUUCAACUGCUAUGACAGGCAGGAGUGUGUGGCCACAGAAGAAAACCCUCAAGUGUUUUUCUGCUGCUGCGAGGGCAAUUAUUGCAAUGAGAAAUUUACCCAUUUGCCUGAAGUCACCGGCCCAGAAGUCAUAUACGAGCCACCACCGCCAACGCCAUCCCUGCUCAACAUCCUGGUGUACUCGCUGCUGCCUAUCGCCGUGCUGUCCAUGGCCAUCCUGCUGGCCUUCUGGAUGUACCGGCACCGCAAGCCUCCCUACGGCCACGUGGACAUCAUCGAGGAUCCUGGCCCACCACCCCCUUCUCCCCUGGUUGGCCUAAAGCCCCUGCAGCUCCUGGAGAUCAAGGCAAGGGGACGCUUUGGCUGUGUGUGGAAGGCUCAGCUGAUGAAUGACUACGUAGCAGUGAAAAUCUUCCCUAUUCAGGAUAAGCAAUCUUGGCAGAGUGAGAGGGAGAUUUUCAACACUCCUGGCAUGAAGCAUGAAAACCUUUUGCAAUUUAUCGCAGCAGAGAAAAGGGGGACAAACCUGGAGACAGAGCUCUGGCUGAUCACAGCUUUCCACGACAAGGGUUCUCUGACAGAUUACCUGAAGGGCAACAUUAUCAGCUGGAAUGAGCUCUGCCAUGUUGCAGAAACAAUGGCCCGUGGCUUGUCCUACCUUCAUGAAGAUGUCCCCUGGUGCAAAGGUGAAGGACACAAACCUGCCAUAGCACACAGGGACUUCAAGAGUAAAAAUGUCUUGCUGAAGAAUGACUUGACAGCUGUGCUAGCUGAUUUUGGACUGGCUGUACGGUUUGAACCUGGGAAACCUCCAGGGGACACUCAUGGACAGGUGGGAACAAGGAGGUACAUGGCUCCUGAAGUGUUGGAGGGAGCAAUCAACUUCCAACGAGACGCCUUCCUGAGAAUAGACAUGUAUGCAAUGGGACUGGUGUUGUGGGAGCUAGUCUCCAGAUGUAGAGCAGUUGAUGGUCCAGUGGAUGAAUACAUGCUGCCUUUUGAAGAAGAAAUAGGUCAGCACCCGUCUCUUGAGGACCUGCAAGAAGUGGUGGUUCACAAGAAGAUGCGCCCUGUCUUCAAGGAUCACUGGCUAAAACAUCCUGGCCUGGCGCAGCUCUGUGUGACCAUCGAAGAGUGCUGGGACCACGACGCCGAGGCGCGGCUCUCGGCGGGCUGCGUCGAGGAGCGCAUCGCGCAGAUCCGCAAAUCCGUCAACGGCACUACCUCGGACUGCCUCGUCUCCAUCGUGACGUCCGUCACCAACGUGGACUUGCCACCCAAAGAGUCUAGUAUCUGA